AACACACUGGUUUAUCUGAAACAGGUCAAACGAGUCGACUACGGCGAGGUCUCAAAGCGGCCAUGGAGAGCGAAGGGUCGGGCGAGACAAGGGGCCACGCAACCAAGCUGAGGUCGCUGAUCAACGAGGCAGCAGAGCAGCGUGAAGAGCUGCAACAAACAAAUAUUGGACUCCAGCGCAAGAUUGUUCCGCUGCUGCAAAAGAAGCAGGACGCAUCACCCGAGAAGAAGGAGGAUCGGCUGAGUUUGGUGGAAAAUGAAAAGCGGUACUACGACUGCUUGAAGAGCGUGCACGAGGCGCGGGCUCAGCUGCUGACUGCACAAACGCAGUACGACAAAAUCGCCAUGGAGCUACAAUCUCGGUUGGACGAGAAGGAGUCCAAGGCCAACGAAAUUCAAGAAUCGUUCAUGGAGUUCAAGCGCGAGGUGGCUCGAAGUGCAGAGAAUACACGGACUGGCAAGCCCAUUCCAAAACGUGUAAUUGCCCAAUUCGAGGUUGCCGAAAUGAAAAAGGACCAGGAAGUCGAAAAGGUGCGGUUGAAGAACAUCAACUUGCGCACGCAUUUACGCAAAUUGGAGCAGCAGCUGCAUGCAAAGGAGCAGCUAGCAGAAGGACUCCACUUGAUCGAUUUUGAGCAACUCAAGAUUGAAAACCAGACCUUGAACGAAAAGAUCGAAGAGCGCAACGAAGAGCUCCACAAGUUGCGGAAGAAAACCACGACGACCGUCCAAGUACUGACGCACAUCAAGGAAAAACUGCAGUUCGUUUUGGUGGAAAAUCAAAACUUGAAAAAGGAGCUAGCGGAACUGGACGAAGAUUUGACGAAAAACCGCGACACGUUGACCAAGAAGAAAAAAGAACGCGACGGGGUCAGGCUCACACAGCAGAAGAUGAAACACCAACAAGGAUUUGGUAACUCGCAAUUGCUCAUGCAAGACUACGAAAAGCGAAAAAUCGACAUCGAAGACUACCAGGGGCGACUGGCACAGCUGAAGCAACGACUGGCGUACCUCACAAAAAAAACUCCUCAAGCAAGUGAAGCAAACUCUGUGUGAAAUUACGGUGGAUAG